CGCGUUCGCUAUUUUCAGUCGAUUGGAGAUCGUCACAUGUGAAACAUUAUACGAAUUUUUCUUCUCGAAGAUCAACCACUGCUAAGUAGGUUGUAGGAGAGUGUGACACAGCUGAUGGAAAAAUAAAACCGAUCUCGGUCGGUGGUCGCCAUAUUGGAAAUUUCUUUCGAAAUGGUUCGAUUUGUGGUCCUGUUUGUCGGUUUGGUGAUUUGUCUUGCCGAAGGCAAACGGGAAAUUCCCAUUGGGGCUAUCUUCCAUGGGGACAACUACGAAUCGGAGAUCGCUUUCAAAUAUGCAAUCGAGCGUGUUAACAUGCACGAGAAACAUUUCGAGUUAACGCCGAUCAUUAAGUAUGUCUCUAAGGACGAUAGCUACAAAACGGAAAGGAAAGUCUGCGAACUAGUGUCGGAAGGCAUAACGGCCAUCUUUGGUCCUAGUUCGAUGUUGACUUCUGGGAUUGUGAGCUCGAUCUGCAAAACAAUCGAAAUUCCACACAUUAUUACGCACUGGGAUCCGGAACCGUUUGGUGGUUGGGAUCCAGAACUCCAAGCGAUGACCAUUAACCUCUAUCCGGAAGCGGAUGUUCUGUCGAGAGCUCUUCAAGAUCUGAUUGUGGAUUACACCUGGAAAAGCUUCACAAUUAUAUACGACAGUGACGAAGGCUUGAUGCGACUGAAAGAUGUAUUACAAAUCCACGGUCCCGGGGAUAACCCGAUCACUGUGAGGCAAAUCGAUGAUAGUCCGGACUAUAGACCGUUACUGAAAGAUAUCCAGUCCUCCGGUGAAAGCCAUAUCAUUCUUGAAGUACACCCUGACAAGAUUUUGGAGAUUCUUCGUCAAGCGAAGGAGGUUAAGAUGCUGGAGGAGUAUCAGAGCUAUAUCAUCACUUCGCUGGAUGCGCAUACCUUGGAUUUUGAAGAGCUCAAGUAUUCCAGAUCGAACAUAACCACACUUCGGUUGAUGGACACGAAAAGCUUCGAUAUCAAGAAUGCCGUUCACGAUUGGGAACAGGGAGAAGCUAGAAUGAAAAAGGUAUUCCGAGUUUCUCCGGAACACGUCCACACAGAAUCAGCGCUGUAUCAUGAUGCCGUUAAGCUGUACGCCACGGCAAUUCGAGAACUGGAUGCUACGGAGGAGAUCACGCCGUCAAGGUUGUCAUGCGGCAGUAAGAACCUUAGGCAGUGGCCUUUUGGGUUGCGGAUCGUCAACUACAUGAAAGUUAAAACUGAACACGGCAUUUCUGGUCCAAUCAUAUUCGAUGACUACGGCCGACGAACGCACUUUCAGCUGGACAUAAUCGAACUGAAUCACCAGGAGGGCUUCAAGAAGAUAGCCGUUUGGGAUCCGACCAACGGAAUAAUCUACACUCGCAGCCAGGAGGACGUUCACUUGCAGAUCGUUGAGUCACUGCACAAUAAAACAUUCAUUGUUGCGUCCCGUUUGGGUGCACCGUUCCUAAUGAUGAAGGAGAAGAAGGAAGGUGAAUUUUUAGAAGGUAAUAACCGCUUCGAAGGGUACUCCGUAGAGUUAAUCGAUGGCAUUUCCAAGAUUCUUGGCUUCCAAUAUCGCAUGGAACUCGUGCCGGAUGGAAAGUAUGGAUCAUAUAACAAGGAAACAAAGAGAUGGGACGGUUUGGUAAAGCACUUGCUCGAUCGGAAAGCGGAUCUUGCCAUUUGCGAUCUUACCAUCACCUAUGAACGACGAACUGCGGUAGACUUCACCAUGCCCUUCAUGACCUUGGGUAUCAGCAUCCUGUACGCUAAACCUGUUCCGCAACCGAAGGAUCUAUUCUCUUUCCUGUCCCCUCUGUCCCUCGAUGUGUGGAUCUACAUGGCCACUGCAUAUCUCGGCGUUUCGGUCUUGCUAUUCGUACUCUCCCGGAUGGCUCCUGCUGACUGGGAGAGCCCGCACCCUUGCAAGCAAGAUGAUGUUGACGAGGUGGAGAACAUCUGGGACAUGCUGAAUGCUCUCUGGCUUACGAUGGGAUCCAUCAUGGGUCAAGGUUGCGAUAUCCUACCGAAGGCUGUUUCAACUCGGGUCGUGUCCGGAAUGUGGUGGUUCUUCGCGCUGAUCAUGCUUUCGUCCUACACUGCCAAUCUAGCUGCUUUCCUGACCAUGGAACGUAUGGAUGCCUCCAUUGAGAGUGCUGAAGAUUUGGCGCAGCAGAGCAAGAUCAAGUACGGCGCAGUGCUUGGUGGAAGUACACUCAGCUUCUUCCGUAACUCAAACUUCUCCACGUAUCAACGGAUGUGGGCUGCCAUGGAGUCUACUCGACCUUCGGUCUUCACAAAAAGUAACGACGAAGGACGCGAUCGCGUGCUGAAGGGACGAGGUCUGUACGCUUUUCUGAUGGAGUCCACCUCGCUGGAGUACAUCACCGAAAGGUAUUGCGAACUUACACAGAUCGGUGGACUGCUGGACUCCAAGGGAUACGGAAUCGCCAUGCCAGUUAACUCUCCAUACCGGACAGCAAUCUCGGGAGCCGUACUCAAGAUGCAGGAAGAAGGUAAGCUUCACCAGCUGAAAACCCGAUGGUGGAAGGAGAUGUACGGUGGAGGUCGCUGCGAUGAACAUGCUACCAAAACAGGCGCAGACAGCGCCGCCGAACUUGGCAUAGACAACGUCGGUGGUGUCUUCUUGGUCCUGGCAUGCGGAUGCUUUUGUGCAUUUGUACUGGGAAUAUUGGAGUUCUUGUGGAACGUGAGGAAGGUUGCGGUUGAUGAGAAGGUUACUCCAUGGGAAGCAUUGAAGGCGGAGCUCAAGUUCGCAAUGAACAUAUCCAUCACAACAAAACCGGUCCACAGCAUGUUGAGUGAAUCGUCGUCGGCCAAGAGUUCAAUGCGGUCCGCAUCGAGACGGGGAUCGGAAUCUGUGGGCAGAAUGCACAACAUCAAAACCGGCGCCAGCUUGAUGAACAUGGACAAGAUUGGAUUUGUGUUUAACAAUAAGUAAUUAAUCCGUCUUGAAACAACACUAAGAAAGAGAAGCAUAUCAUAGAUUGAACAAUAAGCCGUCUCGAUGCUGUCCAACUUCUUGAUAUCGGUAUCGAAAAUUUAGCUAAAUUAAUUCUAAUUUGUUUUAGUUAAGCUCUAAGGCGAGAGUUUUGCAGUAUCAAAAAGAUAUGAUACUCUUAAUGUAAAUUUCAUUUGAAGGUUUUCUUUGAUUGCUUUGGUUUUGUUUGCACGAAAACUGUUAACUGUUUGAAUUGUUGAAAUAAAAGAAGUUCUAGUUAUCGAU